GCCAAAAACAGCACCCUAUGCUAUAAGGCUUCGACACAAUUUAGCUUCCUUAGACAUGUGUGUUUAGGGCAUGUGUAAAGAUAAUAGGCUGUCAUUAAAAGACACUGUAAGUCAUAAAGGCGAUUAUUGCAGCCACAGACACAGUUCAAAUAGCACCUCCGCCAACCAUUAUGAAGCAAAGCAUUGUGAUGCGGACAUGAACUGCCACUGACUUGUAAGCUACUCUACUUAUUGAAGUCUAUGAUAGGGUACUGAAACCCAUCAAGGGUAUCAAGGGCUGCCAUUGGUAGAUGACAUGCUUAGUACACAAAGAGAACCCAAUAGAGUCAGAGUGGCUCAUGUAUGCUUGUCUAUUUCUGUCCUAGCAGCACAGAGAUAAGACAUCAUCGUUGGUCCUGAGCGUGCCUUGGCACAGUGAAUUGUAGUGGUAGUAUUAGACAGUAAGAAAAACAAACACUAAUUAUUUUUCUUUUAGCAUUAGUAGUGAUAGAUAUAGUAAGAAUAAGUUAGGGGUUUUUGGUUUCCAUUUGUUUAUUGAAAUAUUGAGAGGAUUACUACAUAGAUAGAUAGAUAGUAAAGGCAGAAUUCCAGUAGGGUUUCCAUACUACCUACAUUAGGGUAGAAAAUACCACAUAGGUUUGAGGAAUUAUUCAAACCAAGGAAAAUCCAGCAGGACAGAAUCCAGCAGGACAGAACCAGCAUUCCUCUACUACAUUGAAUAAUCUAAUAGAUGAACAAUGACCAUAGUUGACAAAGUAUCUGAGUCCUCCAACCCUUCGGCCUGUCAGAAGCAGCCUUUCAGCUCGGUGAUCCCUGCUUCUGGAGAUAUGGACUCAGGCUCUGCUGGAUGGGGUGCCGUAUCUUCUCUAGAAGCUCCAAAACACAAAAUCUCUUUGGGUCCAGUACCAGGAGCUGCAGUCUAUUCCAAUUUGUCUGUACCCGAUAAAUCCAAGCCCUCCACUCAGAAAGACCCAUCUGCUGUCGGCGAUGGCAUUGCCGCCCCACAGAAGGUCCUCUUUCCAGCAGAGAAGAUCUGCCUGAAAUGGCAGAAACCCCACCGUGUUGGAGCUGGUCUCCAAAACCUGGGCAACACGUGUUUCCUCAACUCCGCUCUGCAGUGUCUGACCUACACGCCGCCUCUAGCCAACUACAUGCUGUCCCACGAACACUCCAAAACCUGUCAUGAGCAAGGCUUCUGCAUGAUGUGCACCAUGCAGGCUCACAUCACCCAGGCCCUUUCCAACUCCGGCAACGUCAUCAAACCGAUGGCUGUCAUCAACGACCUUCGACGGAUAGCGAAACAUUUUCGUUUUGGAAAUCAGGAAGACGCACACGAAUUCCUACGGUACACUGUAGAUGCUAUGCAAAAAGCAUGCCUGAACGGUAGCAACAAAUUGGACAGACACACACAAGCUACCACCUUCAUUUAUCAAAUAUUUGGAGGCUACCUAAGAUCUAGAGUAAAAUGCAUGAACUGCAAAGGAGUUUCAGAUACCUUUGAUCCAUACCUGGAUAUUCCAUUAGAAAUAAAGACAGCUCAAAGUGUUAACAAAGCUCUGGAGCAGUUUGUCAAGCCAGAACAGCUGGAUGGUGAAAAUGCCUAUAAAUGUAGCAAGUGUAAAAAAAUGGUUCCUGCAUCUAAGAGAUUUACAAUACAUCGGUCGUCAAAUGUCCUCACCCUGUCCCUGAAACGGUUUGCAAACUUCAGUGGUGGAAAAAUUACAAAGGAAGUGAAAUAUCCAGAAUAUCUGGAUAUUCGUCCAUACAUGUCCCAGCCAAAUGGAGAGCCAAUUAUUUAUGUAUUAUAUGCAGUUCUGGUACAUACUGGUUUCAGCUGUCAUGCCGGUCAUUACUACUGCUACAUAAAGGCCAGUAAUGGGCAGUGGUACCAGAUGAAUGAUUCCAUUGUCUCCAAUAGCGAUAUCAGAACUGUACUGAAUCAGCAAGCUUAUGUCCUUUUUUAUAUCAGAUCCCACGAUGUGAAAAAUGGUGGCGAACACAUUCAUUCCGUUCAUACUCCCGGGCAGUCUUCACCCCGACCCAUUAUCAAUCAGCGAGUGGUCAACAGCAAGCAGGCUGCGUCCGGCUUUAUUGGACCACAACUCCCUCCUCACAUGAUCAAGAAUUCCAGCCAUUUGAAUGGCACUGGAUCCCUGAAGGAAACGCCGAGCAGUUCCGUAGCAAGUGCAAGCAACGUCCCCCUGAACAGGCCGUCGUCCGCUCCUCCCGCUACGUCCAUCCAGAACUGGACGAUGAACAGGCCGGCCCCUGCUACCACCCCUGACCCUUCAAAGAAGAAGAAAAUCACCAUCAGUAUUCACAACAAGUUGUCUGCUCGCCAAACGGUCUCUCACAACUGCACCUUGGAGAACCUCAACAAGCCCGCUCCUUCGUCCACCAUUUCCAACCCUUCUGCUGUCCAGUCUACCUCAAGCGCAUCGACCGUAUCGGCUGCUAACCGAGUCGCCAAGCCAGCGGCUCCCAGCGAAUCAUGUUCCAAGCUGGUCAUGAACGGCAAGUCCAAGCUGAACUCAAGCACGCUGGUCCCUUACGGGGCGGAGUCUUCGGAGGACUCUGACGAGGAGUCCAAGGGGUUGGUGAGGGAGAACGGGCACUCCAAAUCCUUCAACGGUAUCCCGAUUGGGAACGCGGCUAGUGCGGCAGAGAGCUGCUGUUCCUCCUGUCACAGUGCGGAAGAGGAGGGACCACAGCACGAGCCGCUGGAGAGUGUGGCUGUCAAUGGUGCUCUGAGUCCAGAGGAGGCUCCCAAAGAGAACGGGCUGCCCUGUGAUGAUCCUCCUUGCCAAGCAAAGUCUGCGAAAUCGACGGAAAAUCCAUUUUCUAAAGCAAAUGGAUUGCAUACAAAAGGAGCACCUACAGCUUUGCCCCCAGUCCCGGAAGACAGGAUCUUAGACUCCUUCAGAUACAGUCAACUGAAAGCAUUAUCAGAAGAAAUCAGUUCAAGUGGAACAGAGAACACUUCAGAAGAGGAUGGCAGCAUCAAAGCCUUAGGGAGUGUCAGCAACAGUGUUUCCGGCGAGAAAUCCACAAAGGUCCCCAGCAGCCUCCCCUGCAACAUCCAGAAUCUCUUGCCCUCUUCAGACCCUGGAAUCGUUUCUACCAAAGAUGACUCCUCUGGAAGUAUUGUUGCAGAAACAGAGGGCCCACCUCUCGAUACCGGUGGACAGCCUGACCCUGAAUCUCGUGCCCUGGAAGUGGAAGAGGAGUUCCCUAGAGAAGGCGUUAAGGAGGACCUUGCAGAAAAGCUGAGAGGUCCCAAAGAAGGGAGCACAGCUUGGAAAAAGAGCCCCGUGCACCCCAGAGGAGUGGACGACGGAGCAGAGGACCUGGUGCCAAGUCCCUUCAUAAGGUCUGACAGUGAAUGUAGUUCUCAGAAGCUUGCCCCUCUCAGUAUUCCUGAGAAAUGCCAAGAAACGCAGGAGAGCAUAAAGAGCCGUGUGGAUGUCCCUCCUCCCGGCGAUUCUUCCGUUACAAAGCAAGAUGCAACUGUUGGGAGUCUGAAGGAUGGAAACCGACUGGCCGGGAGUGGGGAACCCUGCGCGGGCAACCCAGAAAGGCAAGAGUUAAAGCCCCAUUCUCCACUCUCAGCAAAAGUGUGCACUACCAAGAAGCCCGGCCAAGAGCACUCCCGACCGAAAAGGGCGCACUCGGAGAGCGAGGAGCGGGAAGCCGGCCAGAGCCAAGCCGAGGGGCACCACCACAAGAGGCGGCGCUCCUACAGCCGCGAGCGAGCCAAGCCGGAGCACCCCAGGCGCCAGCACCACAACGGGAGCAGCAGCCGCUUUCCCUGCAGCCCUGACCCGGGGAGAGGCGUGGGCAAAUACCCCCCUCACCGCUCCCGCAGCCGGGGGAAAGGGGAGCCCGAGAGGAGCAGGCACUGCUACGGGAGAGGAGAGCCGUCUUGGAGCCGGGAGAGGUGGUCUUCCGAGGCGCCGAGGAGCUGGGAGAAGAGCAGGCCUCACAGCCACCAUGCUUCCUCCUCCUCGUCUUCUUCCCACGUCCCCAGGAAUAGUCGGGACCGAAAGUUCUCUCCUGGCGAGAGGGACUGUCCGAAGUCGAGCCAUGUUUACAGUUACCCCUAUAAGGACUAUUAUUACCAAGCCCGAUGGACUCAUGACCCCGCCGCGAAGGAGAGGGAGAAGUGCGACGUCGGUCCCUCACGAGCCGACUGCCACCAUUACCCGGCUCCCUCCCAGCACUCCAGCCGCUAUCCCCACGAGAGAUGCCCGGCGGUGCCCGAGGAAGCCAGUCUGCACCCCGAGGCCUCCUGCCACAAGUACGCCAACCGAAAGGAGCGGAAAAGGAAACGCCCCAGUUCAGCGGGCAGCGAGAGCGACGGGAAAAGCAAGCGCCGACGGAGCUCCCAAGGAGAGUCGCUGGAUGAGCCGAGAGGCCGGAAGCACAAGAAGCAGAAGAAGAAGAAGAAGAAGAAGAAGUCGAAAGAUAAACACCGAGAGAGAGAGGGCAGACAUCACCAGGAUUCAGACCCAUCUGCAUCCGGCUCCGAGGCAGAAACUCACAAACACAAAAAGAAGAAGAAGAAGAAGAAGAAACGUACUAAGAGAUCCGAAGGGUACGAUGAGACUUCAGCUCCUUACACCCCCAAGCCAACCAGUUUGGAAACCAAGCAUCUCAAGGAGAUGACGCAACCGUCUUCCGAGGCGUGCAGGAAACAGGACAGACAACCCCAGGACGGAGACACAGCUGCUUUGAAAACAAAGAGUGUAGAAGGUAGCAACCGAGAUGGCUGUUGCCCGUCUACAGGUCAUAAUGUAGCCACUACAGAUGCACCUUCUCAUAAAGAUCAUAGUCAGACAAUUACUGAACCUUUAGAAGACAAUUUUCCAUAUACAGAGGAAUCUAGAUGGUGAGUAGAGAGAGAACCUUCGGGAAAUUCUCCCUAGCCACAGAACCAGAGUGUCUGCUGGAAGCCAUCCCUCCACAGCUCGCAGUAUAUUUAUAAACCGAAACUCUUCAAUUAAUUGGUGCUUCAGAAAUACUGUACAGGAUUUUACCAUUGAAAAUAUUUUUUAGUUUUUACCUUGAGACUUUCUUUUUUAAAAAUUACCUGCAAUCCAAAAAAAAAAAAAAAAAAGGAAACUUUCUACAACUGCUGAACGUUGUAAAAUUUACCCUGUAAAUAUCACAGUGAGAAUAAUGCCCUGGAAUAGAACAUCUCAAAUGCUGCUUAGUUACAGACUCAGGUUGAUUGUGUUGUUCAUGUGAUGUUGCUCCACGUCCACACAUCUGGUGCAAGAAGAGGCAAGGACACCACGGAAUGAUCAAGCUGCAACAGAUCGUCUCUCUUUAAUUUAAAGACUUCUUUGAAAACCCACAUUCACACUCAGCUAGGAUUUUUGCAAGAAGGCCAUCUGUUUUUCUGUGAUGUCUGCUACUAGAAACUCACUCCAUGUUUUAGGUUGGAUUCAAGAUUUGAAGCAAAGGUUCCGGUCUUGGAUUUUGUGAAAUGUGCCGUUCAGACUCUUGCCAGUUUUUGAAUGUAUUUCCUCUCACCCCACUUCCCAGAGCUCAUUUGUAAACCUUCCACUGUUUUAUGGCUUUUUUUUUUAACAUAGUGUUGCUUGUCUUGAUGGGUCUCAGUUGUUUGGUUCUUGUCCCUUUAAAAGUUUCUAGUUACAGGCACAUUCAUACUGUGAUUUAAUUUUUUUAUUAUUAUGAAAUGCUAUCCAACUGUGAUACACUUAAUUCACUGGUCCUGCAUCAGGAGACGGAGUGGGGAAACUGUAUUAAAUACAGUUCAUCUGAAUAAUCUGUCUGGUUUAUACAAGCUGUGUUGUUCAGAGAUGUCUAAAGUUUGAUCUUUGUUUUUUUAAAGAUAAAAGCACUUGCCCCACUUGUAAAUAUAUGGCAUGUAAAAUUUAUAUAGUAUAUAAAUACAGCAAGUCAAAACAA